UCUUUGUGACGUCACUCUAUUGAUUGAAAGGAGAUCGUCUUUUAGAGACGCCAUCUUAAAAAUAAAGUGAUAUAAGUUUCGGUAGGGUAGAUUAUAUUAAAAAUCCAAAGUAAUCUCCUAUAAGACAUUAGCAAUUGAGCUUAUAUAUUAUUAAUAUUGUGAUAUCAGGUAUAACGGACCAAGUUGGUGGUCAGUUGCGAGGGUGACCUCCUGAUGGUGUGUAUAUCGCAGCAUGUCUGCACUCUCGACGCCGGGCGGCGGAGGCACUUCGGCGCAGAGCAAGCCGACGUCCGGCAAGCAAAAGUAUCAAAAGUUGGACAUCAAUAGCUUGUACUGUACCAACAAAAACGAGAGCUCUGAACCGUCAUCUGUGAAAUCUCAACUAAGCCGUAAACAUGGAAUGCAAAGUCUCGGAAAAGUACCCUCAGCCCGGCGUCCACCUGCCAACUUACCUUCUUUGAAAACUGAAACUGGACAAGAUCCCAAUACUAACGCCAUCUCUACUGCUGCCACAACUGCCCCUGCACCAGCAACAUGCACUACUCAGACUACGACUGUCGCGCCUCCCAGCGGUGCGGCUGCGGGCGCCCCCGGCGGCUGGGUGCCGCUGCCGCCGCCCUCGGCGCCGUACUCGCGCACAGAGUUCCCCUCGCUCGAGGCUGCUGCUCAGCCCUCGCACCGCUCCGCAGAACACGCGGCACCGCAGCCGCAACUCAGACCACAAACGGAAGGCAGCUGGACGUGCGGUGGCACCGCCGGCGUGAGGCCCGAGGGCGCGUCGCCCGCGCCCGCCGCCCCUGUGCCCAACGCGGCCGCACAGUCGCCCCACUACCGUGCCAUUCUGCCCUCAUUCUUGGAUUGUACAAAUUCUCCAUUAUCGCCGCAGCUGAUAAAAGGUAGCAGCGGCAGCGGGCUAGGGUUGGGGUCACUGGGCGCGCUCCGCGACAGCCGUGGCGGCGGCGGCGGCGGCGGCGCGCCGCGGCCCGCCCCUCGCCCGCCCGCUACGCCCCGCGCCGUCGAGGUGCUCACUGCGCGCCCCAUCCUGCGCGAGGAGCAGAUAUCCUCGCUCGACGACAUCUCGCGCGACGCCGGAUGGGCGCAACAUGAUGACAUCGAUUAUGAUCAAAAAUUGGAUUUUUCCGACGGAGAAUCCUCGAUGCCCUCCGCGGGUAAGGGGAACCACAAAAACAAUCACAACAGAGCGGCUAUUGAUAUGGAUCGGGUAGGAGAUUCUAAAAUACAGGAAGUGGGUGACGAGGAACAAUUGUGGGCGGAGCGGCGACAGAAGCAAAGCAACGAGAUCGCUCAGGCGGUGGCGCGGGCGCGGCAGCGCAAAGCCGAGGAGCAGAGGCGGCAGAUGUCCGACUCGGGCGCGCCGCCGCCGCCUACCAAGGACAGCAGGGACCGCGAGCCCGACCCUAGGGACAAAGAAAGGACUGAUAACCGAGACAGGGAGCGGACCGACAACAGGGACCGCGUCGACAAUAGGGAUAAAGUUAAUAACGAAAUUCGCGACACCCGGGACAAGGAGCGUGUCGAUAACCGCGACAGAGAUCGCAUGGAUAACAGAGAACGGUUCGACAACAGGGACCGAGACCGCGAGCGCAUGGACACUCGCGAUCGCGGAGAAAACCGAGACAACCGAGGUCGCAUGGAUAACAGAGAGCGCCAAGAUGGCGAGAAGGAGAGAGCGGACAACCGCGACAGGGACCGCAACGAUAAUAGAGAGCGCACAGAUCGCGAUCGAUUUGACCGGGAGCGAGAGCGCACAGACAACAGGGACCGGGAGCGCGGUGAACGUGGCGAUCGCGACCGAGGGGACCGGGAAAGGGAUCGCGACCGGGACUUCCGCGACAGAGACUACGGACGCCAACAUGAUCAGAACAAUCCCGCGUUUUCCAAGACUUUCCAACAAAAUAUUCCGCCUCGAUUCCUGAAACAACAGCAAAACAGACAGCAGGACGAGCAGCACAAGGGCUGGGCGUUCUCCGGUAAGCAGGCGCCGCGCCGCCAGGAGCCACCGUCCUACAACGCUCCCCGCCAUGCGCCGCAUAAUGGCCGCCGUUCCUAUUCCAGGGAUUACUCGGACCGCGAAGAUGAGUUUAGAAGGGACAGCAAAGAAGGAUCUGGUCAACACUGGCGAUCAGAAAUGCAGGAUUAUGAGAAAGUGGGCCGUGAAUUGGACAGAUCCAACUCCAAGGAGUCCUAUAAAGACUAUGGCGAUCAUAAAGACAGGAGAAGCGAAUCCGAUCGGAAAUCUGUGGAACGAUCCACGGAACAAAUCAGCAAGCCUUCCGCCGCUGACAAACUGUCAGAAGUUUUUGAACGAAAGAGCAUUGGAAUAACGGAAGCUUUUUCAUCUGACUCGUCUUCCCACGCGCCUACCACUGAUGUACGUAAUUCGCCUGCGUCUAAUUCUCAGCGCGAAUCAUCCGAGAGAGACUUUGGUAAAACUUCCUGGGCCGAGGCCUCGCAAGAAGAACACGCUAGCUUUUCGUCAAAAUCUCCCGCUGAGAAAAUUGGACAUUCCAGUGAGAAUGAACAGAAGCCUAAAGAUCCUGUUCUUAAAGAGGAGGAACCCAAACGUCAGUCACUACCACUCAGCGCAGGACCUCCCCUACAACAGACAGCAGCUCAAACAAACAUGGCUCCAUUCUCCGCUCAAGGUCAAAACAAGAAUCACGGUAUUGCGGUACAAAACUUCUCUCAUAAUCAACCAUCUCAAGCUAAUUCUUUUACAAAUGUUCAACCUCAAACCCAACCUGUCACCUCUCUAAGUCAUUCUCAGUCCUUUACGGACGCCCAAGUGUCUAAGACUUCGAAUGUGUCUAUAAGUAAAAGUCUCCUAGAACCUCUAACCAACCCGCAUUUACAAAAUUCGCCUACAUCUGAUCCAAUGGCGAUGAACGUGAAACCAAUAUUUACGCCGCAAAAGUCGGAGAAGGAGCUCUCAGAAUCUGAAUCAAUCUGUUCCAAGUCGAGUACGGAUCCUGCAGCCCCCACGGUGCCCAAGCCUAACGAGGCACACUCCGUAGAAUCUCUUCACAGCGGGACAGACUCUCAAAAGCGCAAUGUUGAUGACAAAAGACACGAAAGGUUUACUGAGGCGUUUAAUAAAAUUCCAAGUAAAGAACCUAUUGAAAGGAAAUCUAGUGGCUCCGGUUCAGAAAAGAAAGGAAGAGGGUACGGAGGUGGAGUCGGCGUGUACCGAGGCUGGGGACAGCGCGAGUCCCGCGGGAGACGCUCGCACCGCAGCUCGCACUCCAAUAACCGAGCCAGCGAGUCGGACGGCUCCACUGACGGCACGCCCAACGCCGAGCGGAAGGAGCGGCGCCGCGCACCGCGCAGCCCGAGGGGCAUGAAGAAACCUGACAGAAUCGACGAUCCUAAUCGCCCUCUACAUGUUGACCAACCUCCUCACAUGGAUAAUAUGGAAAAUCGUGAGCCCUUUGCGCCUCGAGGCCAGCCUUCUCGACGGGGGCGAGGCGGCUUCCAGGGUACCACGCGGCCGCCAGCGCCCGCUAAAAGGGUCACUGGCUAUGGGCCGCCGAAUACCAAAAGUCCGUUUAGUCAGGCAAAUCGCGCCGUUAAGGAUAUGGACGAAGUAAAAGAGAAUGCGCCUCUGGACGACAAGGGGAAACCUGGCAACAAGCCUCGCACCGGCUCCUCUCUCGGCAGGGGCCGAGACCGCCGCCCGAAGGGAACCGGGCCGGGUCCGCUUAGUGGUGAAGAUGAAAAUUGGGAAACGACGUCUGAACAUUCCGAAGGAGGAGGAUCCAGCGGCCGUCGAAGAUCCGUUGGCGGUCGAAUGUCGAGCCAGGCCCUCAAAGGGCAAGGGCGCAACCAGGCAUCCGGAAACCGCCAAAACAACGGCCGCAACUCACAGCCGGGCAAGAAAGAUGCUCUAGUAGAUAAUAAAACUGGUGAUAUUACGGAGGCUAUGACUGAUCUUAAGAUAACUGUUGUUAAGAAAGAAGAUGAGGUCGCGGACGACGGUUUCCAGGAGGUGCGUAAUAAGAAAAAUUCAAAGGACACUAGAGGACCUACUGUAAAAGAAGAAAUUCAGAACAUUGCCAAACAGCCUAGAUCUCACUCAAACCAGGGCGGUGGCCGAAAUGGAUCGACUACUAGGAAUACUAACGAUAAGUCUAACGCAAGAGGUUCCGCCCCCGUGUCUGGUAAGACCGGGCCGCAGUACGAUCGAACGCGACAGGCUAACUUGGCACCGCGUUUUGUGAAGCAGAGACAGAAGCAGCAAAUGGGCUUGGUGACCGCAUUUGGACCAGACACGGGUGCGGCCCCUCCGCCGCCCGCAGUUAACGCUUGGGAUAAGCCUAUUUCGCAAACUCUGCGGGGUAAUGUUGAAGAACCCUCCGAGCCGAUCGAUAACAAGUCUGGUACACCGAGUCAGCGUAGCACGCCAGGCGACGCUCCCGCCGAGAUCAAGCCGGCGCCCGUGGGGCCUGCUGUCGCUCCGUCCCUCGCCACUGAUAAGACUGGGGUUCUUGACGGGACCACGCCGCCUGUGGAAACUAUUAUAUUUGAAAAUACUAACUACAAGACUGCUCCACCCGCCGAGGCUCUCAAACAGAAAUAUCAACCUAGUGCAAAUACUGCCAAGCCGCAACCGCAAGGCGAGGAAAUGCCUACGGAAGUUGACGCCCGAGCGCUAUCAUUCAAUGGGGACGUGAGACCGCCGCCGCGUUCUAUUCAAGAAUUAAUAUCAGAUAGACCGGUGAAUGACGGCGAGAGCACUCUGGGCUUGCCGAUGUCGUUCGACACGACUCAGAAAGCCGAGGAUUCGUCCGAUAUGAAAUUAGAUUUCGCUUUCGAUUCGGAUCUCGGUCAAUUGACUGAGGAUAAGUCGGCCAAAUCUGCGCUAGGCUUGCCGCGUGGAACGCACAUGAGCACUUCAAACACAAUUUCGCCGUUGGCUGCGGAUCUCAAUUUAAAAAUCGCCAGCGUCAAGAAAGUAUGGGAGAUGUCUGCGGUGGCCGAAGGGACUGAAGAACUGCAGUUUGCAGGUUUCGAGGAGGGCAAUACGGAAACGGGUGCUCCCCCGAACGUGUGCAAGGUUAAACCGACGCAACAGCUGCAGUCCCCGCCCCCGCAGCACUACAACCACAUGGGAUACCAAGGAGGAUACGGCGGGCUGUCGGUGCCGUCGCCGCCCGCGGUGCUGUUUAAUUCGUCGCAGCAACUGCUGGGUUCGUCGCAGCAGCUGCCGCAGCAGGGCGGGCUGUACGGGGCCUUCCUCGACCAGAGCCGGGGCCAGUUCGGAGGCUUCCCCGGGACGCCGUACGGUGCCGGCUCCGCGGCACCUUACAACUAUCAACCUCCGCCUGACAUGUUCCAGAGCCUUCCUAAUCAGUACCGCAUGGCGGCAGCAGCGGGCGGCGGCGCGGCGUUCGGCCAGUCCGGCCAGCUCGGCAACAGCCCCAGCACGGUGCUCAUCUCCAGCACUUCCAACUCGCUCAUGUCUGCCUCCGUCAAGCCCUCUACGCAACAGAUCGGCGCCAUAGGUAGCAAAGGUGGCGGCGUCGGUGGCGUCGGCGGCGUGGGCGGAGUGAAUACCUACCAGCAGCAAUACUUAGGCUACUCCGGGCCGGUCGGCGACGCGUCGUACUCGCUGCAGGGCCUCAUGCCGCGGCCCGCGCCGCCCGCGAGCUCGUACUACUCGCCGUACCAGCCGCCCGCCGCGCCGGCGCCCACGUACCCGCUGCAGUUCACGCAGCCCGCGCAGUCGGGGGCUUUCAGCUCACAGUUCUUGUCGAACCAACUGCAGGUCGCAGCAGCCGUCCAGCAGAUGCAGCAGCAACAGUUCCGCGCCCCGCUACAGCAACAGUUCGCGCCGCCGCCCGCGGCCGCGCAGCAGCGCCCGCCGCCGCAGCAGCUCAAGAGCCCGCUUCACGAGCACGCCAACGGCUUCGCGCCGCUCUGCGAGCCCGCCUCGCCCACGCCGCAGGGCAAGCAAGCCAAGCCCAACGUACAAAAGCCGCCGCACUCGCCGCCGCAGCACAAGUAUCACGCGCCGCCGCCGCACCCGCCGCCCGCGCACACGCCGCACCAGCACCACCCGCAGCACCAGCAGCACCAGCAACACCCGCAGCACCCGCAGCACCAACAGCACCCGCAGCACCCGCAGCACCAACAGCAUCAGCAACAUCAGCAGCAGAUGGGCGGUGGCAACAACGGGCGGUGCGGCGGCGGCAUGCCGCGCGGCGGGCUGGCGGCACCGCGCUACCCCGCGCCCAUCCAGCGGCCGCACGCGCCCGCUAUGCCGAUGUACCGCGCGCCGCCCGCGCCCGCGCGCCCGCACCACGCACCGCCGCGCCACAACCUCUACUACCACCACCACCAGCGCAGUCAGUAUCCACUUCAACAACUACCAUACAUAUAUGGCGGCGGCGUGAUGGAGCGGCCCCCGGAGGGCGGGUCGCCGGCCGCGGCGCCCGAGGAGGCGGACGCGCCGCCCGCGGAGGCGCAGCCCGCCGAGGCGAAGGCCGAGUGAACGCGCGCCGCGCCGCUCCGCCCGCCUCUACCCAAACAAGCAACACGCUGACCGACUACUUCGGUAUUAUAAGUUAAACGUAAAUUAUCCAAGAUUAAGAUUAUGUGAGGUGCAAACACUGGCAGGCGAUUUUAUUUUUCAUACAAAUCUCAAUGCAUGCAUACACUGUUAUUAUUUUAAUUAUUUACAUUAUUUUAUUUUAAUGAAUUUAUUGCAUUGUCCAGUCCGGCUGAAACAGGCUGCGACGACAAGUAUUACUUUACGACAUAAUACUGAGUUCACUCGUAGAUUGUUCACACUUAUGUUAUGUGUGAACUGGAUAUUAUGAUUAAUAAUUGUAAUUAUUGAUCGCAAAGUAGUUUCUAGAAUUACUACUUUUAAUUGAUUUCUUUAAAAUAUAUAAUAAAUAUAGUGUUAAUAUCAUUUAUAGCAAACUAGAUGCUAUGGUUUUAAUUACAAGCAUGAACUUCACCUUGCUUGCUUUUACCGUGUAAUAUUAGUUACUUAAAAUAUCUGUAUCAGAAAUCCUCAAAAUGCAGCUAUUUCAUUUCUCAUCAAACUGUCUAUAUAUUGAUACCUAUAUCGACCGCACACUCUGUCUGAUGUCAAAGAAUUGUAAAUGGCGGUUAACAUCAUAACAUCCAACAAUCAUGACCUAUUUUAUUUAUACGAUAACUUACAUAGAUUGAUUGAUUGAUUCGCUAUAAAUUCCAUCACAUCUAAACCGUAUACGAUCUUGUCAUUGCGUAUGACAUAAAUACUCGAUCGUUAUGAUAUCUGUGCAAUACCUAUUAUUAUUAUACUUAGAGUUUUCAUUAGGUCUUAUGUAGGUAACGUAGCAAGCACUGAUCUCCAUAAAAAAUGUACGUAAAUAU